GUAACUUUGUGAGAACCAUUUUGCAGCCCGCCAUAAGUUUACUGGAGGGAAAAGCUGCUGCUGGGAUUCCAGAAGGGGCAGGGCAUGUUUCCCAGUGUUCUGCAGAAGGAGCUGGAUUAGAAGGUUCUCUUACAAACCUCACAGCUGUUGAAGAUGCUUCCAGAGGCUGGCCAGCCAUCGCUCGCCAAACAAAGGAUAUGGAAACACCACAGCAGGGAGAAGACUCAGAAUUUUCCUUUCUAAUAGUAAAUGAUAAAGAAGGUGACAAGCAACUUUUUGUGGAUCUAGGAGUUUAUACAAAGAAUAGAAAUUUCCGGAUGUAUAAAUCAUCAAAAGCAGGAAAAAAUGUGAUUCUGAAGAUAGCAGAGGAUAAUAAGUUUGUCCCUAACUGUGAAAAGAACAUUUCCUUGGAAGAAGCGUAUUUUCUUUCCUCCUUGAUCUGCAACAUUAGAGUGAAGGAUGACACAAAAGUUCUGUCAUCUGGCUGUUCAGAGGAGGAGACAAAAACACCUGCUUUUCUAAGCAGUAAAACUACCAGAAGCAACAGAGAUUCCAUGGAAGGUUAUCAGCAUUCACCCUAUCCAGAAAUUGAUUGUUUUGUUCGUUCUUUGGUUAAUAAAGAUGGGGUACAAGGAGGGAUACGGCGAUGGAAGUACUUCUCUCUGGAGGAAAUACUUGUAUAUGAUAUUUCUGGUUACCGCUGGUGUGAAAACAUUGGGAGAGCUCACAGAAGUAACAACAUAAUGAUUCUGGUAGAUCUAAAGAAGGAAGUCUGGUAUCAAAAGUGUCACGAUCCAGUCUGCAGAGAAAGCAAUUUCAAAUCACAAAGCUUUCCAUUGCCACCUAGGAUAUGUCUCCCAUCUGUUUUCAAAGAGGAUGAAGAGUGCACAGUAAUGGAUGAAAGGAAGAGCAUGGAAGAAAAAGCAAAGCCAACCUCCAACACAUCAGGCCUGUCAGACAGCUCAGUACCUCCAGAAAAAAGCUUCUCUCAGGAGUUCCUGUUGUCAGACAGCGAGUGGGACAAUGCGAGCGAUGAUGCCCGUUUCCUAGAAGCGACUGAAGAUGUGGAACUGGCAGAAGCUGCAGAUGACAGUCUGAAUUAUGCCAUGGAAGAAAUUCCUGAUGAAGUUCUUUUGGAAGUUUUAAGGAAACAGGACGCUUGCCAUAAAGGCGACAGUUAA